UUGUUUAAGGAGACUACCGAUGGAGACUACUACAACGAAGACAACGAUGAUCACGUGGCCUAUUUUAGCUCAGGCGACAGUGGGGAUUUUGCUUCUAACAAACGAUCUUCUAUCUUUUCUCCUUGCUCUUCAUCCGCAACCUUUCCUCUGUCGACUGAUGCCUUCGAGUUUCAACCGAAAUUGCCCAAUCCUCCGGUUUCUACCCCUUGUCAUGGCAACCGCAUGCACUCUCAGUCGCCUAUAGCGGAUUCCUGUGCAUCCGGAGUGGGCAGAUCUCAAUCUUUCCAUCUGCCCACAAGAUGUGACCACGUUGUCAAACAGCAAAAUGAGACAUUAGUCCCUCAUGAGAAGACCAAAAGAUCCAUCAUUAUUGCAGCCUCUGGCAGAUAUGACAAAGAAAAUUGUUGCCUUUGCCGGUCACCCACAGUUACAGGCUACGCUUGCCAACGUUGCCUCAUGGAGCUUGGCUUACGUGAUGCCUUUCCGGUCGUGUUUGCAGUUCUCCUCACCUCGGCCAGUGAUCUCAUUGUAGCCUCGAUCGCACUGGCCAAAAACGGCCAUUUGUCUCGGUCCACCGACGUCACUCUCGAGAGGGCAGAUGAGGCUCAAGAGGAGACUGACAGAAGCGAGUCUGUAGCGACAGCUGCGGAGGAGGACAUGAAUGAGGCUAAAAUGGAGCAAGAGCCCAAGGUGCUUAUUCAGAAAACCCCAUCUGCCGCUCUCUCUUCCCUCGAAGAAAGCCCUAAUCUACGCAUAGAUAAGGGCAAUCCUUCGUUUGAGGCCGACUCUUGCCACUCGGAUUCUCCGACUAUCCGUUCUACCAGAAAAGCUGUCGAUGUAAAGACUCAAUUGCCGCAGAGUGUGAAUGUCUCUUCAACAAUAGAACUUUUUCACAGACACAAUGCCAGUUUGCGUCUUACUUUGCACGGAUUGCUUGCAUUGGCUGACCUCAUAACAACCAAUCCCGAUAUUCUCCUGACAGCCGCUUUUGAUGUCGGUCUUUUCCCAUUCAUCGAAAAUAUGUCCAAUCUUUUGGACGCUUAUCUCUUCAGCCUCCCAGCCGCUCUCAGCGCGUCUACGGAAGAGCUCUUAUCCCACACCUAUUUUACGUCUCGUAUCUGCGCCAAUCCUCAGGUCGAAAGACUGCUUCAUGCUCUCUCACAUUUGGCCUCGCUAAGCGCCGAUUGGCUGUUGACGAAACUUGACGCAUGGGAUCAUGACACCAGCAAGUCUGGAUUCAUCUUCGUCCGCCUGAAACGGCUUAUUCGUCGUCUGCUCGUGCCCAAGACGCCAUCAGGCGUGUCCAAGUCGUCUGUACCUGCUCGAGGCGUCGGCCAGGCCGGUGGAAAGGGGUUUUUUGCCAAUGCCUCCGUUUCAAGCACACCCGAGACCCCAGGCCAGAUGCUGUUCUAUGGACCAUUCAGUCGUCAGCUUGCGUUUCGUCUGGUCUUAACAAUGUUGGAGACUGUAACGGAACAACUGGAUCAAGUGAUGCGGGAGUUGCAGAAAACCGCCUCGUUGUACGAGGCAGGACUCGCGUCUAAGGCGUCGUCUGCAGAAAAGCUGCCCAGAUUAUUUCUUUCUUCAAACCGCCUCGUUCGCUCCAAAGCAGGGUUGCUAUCCUGGAACAGAAGCUUGUCCAAUUCGCAAAACUGCAACCGAUCAACUGUGAAUGUUGCCAACUCAAAGGGACAUGUGACAAAUGUCAGCAGCGAACGGGAAGACACCGUUUCCAGUGAGUCUAUGCGGGACUGUAGCAAUUCGGACGACCAAGUCCAUCUACUUGAGCGGCUGUUGAAUUUGGCUUGUCUUCAGAGACAGUGGUUUUCUCGUCUCCAGUGGACAAUUCAAUAUGCUGUGGAUCUGCUAAUCUUUGUGGUUUUUUUCUAUCUCCUCUAUCAUGAUCUGGAGAUUUAG